UGCAUAUUAGCAGGGGAGCUAGUCUGUGAGCAGACCGGUGACAUUCACCGUUUUCAUGUUUGACUUCGCUGUAAAUUUUUGAAAAUGAACCGUUUAUUGUCGUCGGUUUUCCGACUGCGUGGAUUAAGCCGUGUCAGCAGCAGCAUCUCUGCAGAGAGUGUUGUAUCAACAGGCAUCUCUCACCUCAGGCUGUUCAGCAACUGGACUGCACCCAGAGUACCUCUGAUUCUCAGAUGUGGCCCACUUUCCUCUCAAGCAGAGGGUUCUGGAGUGUUCCAGCAGCCACCGUGCCAAUACCAGCAGGUGCGGACACGAAAAAGAGGCACUGAGUAUCAACCAAAGAACAUCAAACGCAAGAGGACCCAUGGAUGGAUCAAGAGGCUCAGCUCACAAGGGGGAAUAGAAGUGAUUCUACGGCGCAUGUUGAAGGGACGGAAGUCGCUCUCGCACUGAGGGCUCAUUGUGGGAAACCUUUAGAGAAAUAAACAUUUUUGUAAGAAAAUGCUGGACAUGCUGAACAGUUGGGGAAAGCUUAUGCUGAAUUGCUGAUGCUGGGUGUUGGUUAAAACUGUCUUUUGACAAAGAAGUCUAGCAGUUUCGCCCUAUUGUUUUGAUGGAAUUGAUUCCAUUUAAUGAAAUAGUGCCCAUCAUCUCUUUAAAACUAUGUUCAUAAUCUAUAAAUGUCAGCAGGUUAAAUGAGUUUUGAAAGAAGCAAAUUGUAAAACAGAAAGACCUGAUUCUGGCAUGCUUUGAAAUAAAAAACAACUGAAGGAAUUGAA